AUUUAGGACCGAUGGAAUUAAAUGGAGGAUGUGUGGUCUUAAGCUGCCUGUUAAUUGUUCUGGGCGUAGUUGUUGCUCAAGCGAUUCCUUUGCCCGCUCAGUACCAAAUAUCCUUGGAUGCCCAGUCAGAUUUGAUGGUGAACAGGUAUGGUGAAUCGGGUGAGCAGCUGAGUAUGGUCAGGCAGCCCAAAGAAGACGAUGACGAAGACGAAGACGAAGAAGGAUUCGAUGAUAAUAUAACGGCCGGAGCGGUUUUGGAGGGUUUUGACGAAGGCAGUGGAGAAGACUGCGAUGAACUGCCCUAUGGACCGACAACUCCGGGCGGACAAGACCAAUUGACUACCAGCUUGGUUUCCUUCGUCCCAAUGUGCCUGCUUAUAAUCCAGAUUCCAGGCAAAAUAAUAUUUUGGAAAUAG